AUCGAUCAGUCGGCGUCGUGCGAACAACGAAUAAGAUACGACUGCUCCGCGGUGGUCCCGAACGAAGGCGAUACUCCGUAUUCCUGGUGGCUCGACCGACACGGCCGACCUCGGUAUCACUGGGACGAAGCGGACGCCGUAGAACACGCGAGCGACUGCGGCCUCUCUCACGACAGCAUCGAUCCCACACGACGUUGCAACAACGAUGCAAGAGCCCUGCAACAGGAGGCGGACAUAGGAAUCAUCGCCGAUCCGACGGCACUCCCCAUCGUCGAGUUACGGUUCGGAGGGGUGCAAACUGAGGGUCAGAAAGCGAAUCACACUCUGGGUGGAUUGGUUUGUCGGGGUCGCGCUACCCCAUCGGCGAACCCUCCGACUUCGUGCUCGUCUCUUCGUCGGGCUGGGAACACUGGAACAGGUUACCAUUUGAUCGGCAAGAAACGAGGGCGUUUGGAUGUCGUCCUCUGUCGAAUGGAUUUGGAAGAGACGGAUCCUGGAUUUCAAUUGGAGACCGAUGCAUUCAUACAGCAAGGGGGGGUUUAUUUCGAUGCGUAUCGAACGACUUCUUGGGAUAACUGGGACUGGAUAAUUCCAUUCGAUGGAACGGAAGUGAACAUUGGUGAAGCCAUGGAUCCGAGCACCGGGAUUUUUACGGCACCUCAGGAUGGGAUCUACGCUUUUCAUUUGCAUUGCUGGACUCGUGUAGUGAAUCACACUCCAAAUCACCCGCAGGGGAACUUGAUCACGAUCAGGAAAAAUGGAGAAGAGGCAGCGGAAUUGAUAACUCAAGAAAUAGACAUAAAUGAUAAUCAAGUCCAGAUCAACGACCAGAUGCCGGGCCAAUCGAUACUGCUUGACCUCAGUGUGGGAGACGAAGUUGAUAUCUUCCUGAAUCUUGGAGAAACAUACGCGGAUUUCAGUGAUCCGGGGCGCUCCUUACAUUUUGUUGGUUACCUAUUGUAUCCCCUGUAAAGAAAGGAAGGAUUGAUGCUUUAUCGAUCGUGGUCCGUUCUGAGGGACCGAUUUCCGGGAGUUAUUUUUCUUCUAUCUGACUAAUCCUAGCAUUUUCCGUUCGUUGAUUUUUUUUCCGCCCGAAAUUAAUGGCGAACCUGACUUUUGCACCAUACGAGUCCACUGUUUUCCUCAUGGCGUUUGCAAAGCUCAUUAAAUUUGUAAAUUUCGAGAACGUCGAGAAAGAAGAUUGAGUGUUCAAUUCAUGCGCUGCAUUUCAAAUGUAUUUAACUCAUGAAACCAGAUGAAAACUAUUUACAUUGAAUGGG